AUGUCACAGCGAGGGCCUUAUAAACGUUACGAGCAUGAUCCGACUGCUUCCAUACCAAAAACUACGUUGUAUAACAAAAGAAAACGUGACUGUGCAAAAAAUAUAGAACCUGAAGAUUGCUCAACAAUUGAUGAUUUGUUGAACGCUUAUUCUACUGAUGAAGAAGAGAAUUCUGAAUUUCAGGUUCAGAAUGUAAAUAAAGAUCAAGGAUCAUUGGAUGACGAAGUUGAAAGUGAAGAUGAUCAGCAAUUUAAUUCUGGAAUGGAAGGCAUCAGUGGGGGGAUGAAUGAUUGGAGUGAACCGUUAAUUUUAAUACCUUCUAUAAUCUUAAUUUCAAACAAUGGAAAUGAUCCCAUUUACCCUGGCUCAAAUGUUACAAAAGCUCAAAGUCUUCUGCUUAUUUUGUGUUUUGUGCUAAGGCACAAACUUACAGAUGUGGCCUUGGGAGAUCUGUUGUUGUUACUGAAUACCUUUUUCCCAAAUACUGUUCCACCUACUAAGUACCGAUUCUACAAAUCCUUCCAGUUAGAGCAGUCAGAGAAGCACUUUUACUGCUCAAACUGUUCAUCAUAUUUGGGUAAGAAUACAGCUAUUACAUUAUGCAAGUCAUGUGACAGUCCAUUUAAUGAAGCUGAUAGCAUAAAGAAGGGAGAUUAUUUUGUCUACAUACCCCUGCAGAAGCAGAUUGAAACAACACUUAGCAAUGCUAAAUUACACACCCACUUGACCAACAGAAAAAUUGAAGACAGCAUAAACUCAUCUGUUGUAUCUGAUAUAACAACAUCUGCAUUAUACAAAGAACUUAUUAGUGAACAUAGUUUUAGUUCAAAUGAUAUUUCAUUAACCUGGAAUACAGAUGGUAUCCCAGUAUUUAAUUCGUCUAAUUUUUCAAUAUGGCCUUUGCAAGCCUUUAUUAAUGAGCUCCCUUCCCAUCUUCGAAGCAAGAAUAUUUUACUACUUGGUCUAUGGUUUGGCCAAAAACCAAACAUGAACAUCUUCUUGAUACCAUUUGUUGAAGAGUGUAGGAAGCUAGAGACUGAGGGCUUUGUCUUUGGCAAUGAGCUACACCGGAGAAGGGUGUUUGCUUUGCUUCUGUCUGCCGAUUCCCCUGCUCGAGCUAUUGUUCGAAAUGUAAAGCAAUUUAACGGUGAAUAUGGCUGUGAUUGGUGUGAGUUUGAAGGCCUACCUGUUGCGACCACUGGGCCACCAGUUCGCUAUUAUCCUUAUAGAAUGCCAGUUGUGAUGCGUAGUGCUAGAAAGCAAGCUGCUUAUGCUCUACAGUCUACAGCUGCCAAGCCUGUUAAGGGAGUUAAAGGUGUGUCAGUUGCAGAUAUGUUACCUUCUUUUGACACUGUCAGAGGAACAAUUACAGAUUAUAUGCAUUCUGUGUGUCUGGGGGUCAUGCGGCAAAUGGUAGAUCUGUGGUUUAACAGUAAAAACCAUGGUGAAAGUUAUUACAUUGGCCGCCAGGUCAAGUUAGUUGAUGAGAGGCUGCAGGUGAUUAGUCCUCCAAGUGAAAUACAUAGAAGCCCUCGUAGUAUUUCCCAACGCCAAUUCUGGAAGGCAUCUGAGUGGAGGGCUUUCAUCUUUUACAGUCUGAUUGUUUAUCAAUAA